GCAGACAGUCGGGGAGCUAACCGAGCUGCUGCCACCUCAACAUGGAGUAGAGGUACCUCAGUAUUCACGGCCAUCUAGCGGACCCCACGGAGAGGAAUAUCCAUCGGGCUUGCUGUGAUUUCACCUCCUGAGUCACCGCCAAUGACUCAGUAAUCCCUGUCGCUUGGAAAGCUCUGCUUUUAUUCAAGAAGAUGGCGAACGACUCUCCGGCUAAAAGUCUAGUAGACAUAGACUUGGCUUCGUUGCGGGACCCCGCCGGAAUAUUCGAACUGGUGGAAGUUGUUGGAAAUGGCACCUAUGGACAAGUAUACAAGGGACGACAUGUCAAGACUGGACAGCUGGCUGCCAUUAAAGUCAUGGAUGUCACAGAGGACGAAGAGGAGGAAAUUAAACUGGAGAUCAAUAUGCUGAAGAAGUAUUCCCACCACAGAAACAUCGCCACGUACUACGGUGCUUUUAUUAAAAAGAGUCCUCCUGGUCAUGAUGACCAGCUAUGGUUGGUGAUGGAGUUCUGUGGAGCUGGAUCCAUCACCGACCUGGUGAAGAACACCAAGGGAAACCAGCUGAAAGAAGACUGGAUAGCCUACAUCUCCAGGGAAAUCCUCAGGGGUCUGGCCCACUUACAUGCCCACCACGUCAUCCACCGUGACAUCAAGGGACAGAACGUGCUGCUGACUGAGAACGCAGAGGUCAAAUUAGUGGACUUUGGUGUUAGUGCCCAGCUGGACAGAACAGUAGGACGGAGAAACACUUUCAUUGGGACACCAUAUUGGAUGGCACCCGAGGUCAUAGCUUGUGAUGAGAACCCAGAUGCCACAUAUGACUACAGAAGCGAUCUGUGGUCGUGUGGUAUCACUGCCAUAGAAAUGGCUGAAGGAGCGCCGCCACUUUGUGACAUGCAUCCGAUGCGUGCCCUAUUUCUUAUUCCAAGAAACCCUCCUCCCAGGCUUAAAUCAAAAAAAUGGUCCAAAAAGUUCUUCAGUUUUAUCGAGGGCUGUCUGGUGAAGAACUACACGCAGCGACCACCGACAGAUCAGCUGCUGAAGCAUCCUUUCAUCCGUGAUCAGCCCAAUGAGAGGCAGGUCCGCAUUCAGCUGAAGGACCACAUUGACCGCACGAAGAAGAAGAGAGGAGAGAAAGAUGAAACGGAGUAUGAGUACAGUGGCAGUGAGGAGGAGGAGGAGGAUCCCCCAGAGCAGGAAGGAGAGCCCAGUUCCAUUGUCAACGUUCCUGGUGAGUCUACCCUGCGCCGGGACUUCAUCCGUCUGCAGCAGGAGAACAAGGAGCGAUCAGAAGCUCUUCGUCGCCAGCAACUUCUUCAGGAGCAGCAGCUGCGUGAACAAGAGGAGUACAAGAGGCAACUUCUGGCCGAGAGGCAGAAACGUAUUGAGCAACAGAAAGAGCAGCGGAGACGACUAGAGGAACAACAAAGACGUGAGCGUGAGAUGAGGCGGCAACAGGAGCGAGAGCAGCGACGCCGUGAACAGGAGGACAAGAGGCGCAUCGAAGAGAUGGAUCGAAGACGUAAGGAGGAGGAGGAGCGCCGACGUGCCGAAGAUGAGAAGAGAAGAAAUGACCGUGAGCAGGAAUACAUCCGUCGGCAGCUGGAGGAGGAGCAGAGACACUUGGAGAUGCUGCAGGAGCAGCUGCUGCGUGAACAGGCCAUGCUGCUGGAGUUUAAGUGGCGGGAGCUGGAGGAGCAGCGCAAGGCAGAGCGGCUUCACAAGCGCCUGCAACAGGAACACGUUUACCAGCUGUCUCUUCAGCGCGACUCCAAACCUCCUGCAGACAAGAGCAAACUCUACUCAGACAAUAGCAAACCUUCAAAGACCUCGACCCUGCCCCCUGACCGACCCCAAACUUCAACCUCACACGCUCAGGUUCUUGAGAGCACUUCCCUGAAAGCAAGUUGCACUCGUGAGUCCUCCACUACCUCUGAUGCCACUAGACUCAAGACUGACGUUUCAGAGAUGAAUGACUCUGAUGAGAGCAGCAAGAACUCACUGAGUCUGACUCUGAGUGACUCUAAUGCUACCCAGGCAGAGGAUUUGGAGUCUGAUAAAGUUCCUGAGCCUGUCAAACAUCCUCCUCAGCCUGUAAAAGAGGCUGACGAGCGCUAUCGUAAGAACAUUCAGGGCUCCCCUCAGACCGCUGCUCCUCCCAAGCAGCCCCCUCUGCCUCCCCGCUCCUCUGAACCCUUCUCCAAUGGUGGAUCCUCUGAGGCAUCGGCCAUGCACCGGCCCAUGGAGCCUCAGGUCCAGUGGUCCCACCUGGCCGCCCUAAAGAGUAGCAACAGUGCUACCCCCUCUCCUCCACCUCCUCCUCCAGUCGCUCGCUCUCAGUCCUUCAGCGAGUCCAGCAACGUCACCACUAACUUUGCACAGCUCCAACUGCGUUCCCAGGACCCCCACCAUCACCACCAUCUUCACCACCCAUCGCCUGCACGCAAUGAUCCCCAACCUCCCUUGCAUCACUCUCAGGCCCAACCUCGAGCUGAUCACCAGGCGGCUGGUGAGGAGGUUCCGCCUAAGGUUCCUGUCAGAACAACAUCCAGGUCUCCUGUUUUGCCACGGCGUGAAUCCCCGCUUCCAUCACAGCCUGGCGGUCAGAGAAAUGCUGGAGUAAAUGUGGAACAGCGCCCCCUGUGGGACCGUGUUGAGAAGCUCCAACCUCGUCCAGGCAGUGGCAGCUCCUCGGGCUCCUCCAACUCCAGCUCCCAGGCCAGUCCUGGCGACAGGUUCCGGCCUCGCUGUGAGUCACCUGCUUCUUCCAAAUCUGAGGGAUCACCUCACCAGCGUCUGGAAAAUGUCCCGAAAAAGACCGACGAGAAGAAUCAAGCCCGACCAACCAGACCGUCUGACCUGACUGCACUCGCCAAGGAGCUGCGCGCUGUGGAUGAUGCUAAACCUCCUAAUAAAGUGACCGACUACUCCUCCUCCAGUGAGGAGUCAGGCACCACUGAUGAAGAGGAUGAUGAGGAGGUUGAUCAGGAGGCAGGAGAAGAGUCAACCUCAGGAGCUGAGGACUCCAGAGCUGGAUAUCCCCAUGGCUUCCGCAGGCGGGUGAGUAAUGGUGAGACAGAGUCGGCUAAGACCAUGCUGGUUGAAGACUCAGAAAGCGACCAAGCCACCACACCCUCCAAGGACGGCACACUGGUCAUCAGACAGAGCACCAUUGACAUAAAACGACUGGUCAAUAUGUCCUCUUCCCCGGCUGGUAACAGCCAGCCCCUACCCCUCGGCCAUGGCUUCCAAGAGAAAAACGGCUUUGCCAGCCGUAUUCACCACCUACCUGACCUUAUCCAGCAGAGCCACCACUCCCCAUCCUCCUCCACAACCAUGCUUUCUUCCUCCUCCUCAUUCCCUUCCACACCAAGCCACCCCAGCCCUGCCAUGUCCCCACUCAACCCCCUGGACCAGCUCAUUGCCAUAGAGAGCCAGUCAGAGAGCAACUCCAUGUCCAAACACAAGUCUUCCUCCUCGUUCACUCCUUUCAUCGACCCACGUCUCCUCCAGAUCUCUCCAUCCAGUGGCAGCUCCCUCAACAACAUGGCAGCAUUUGGCCAGGACGGCCGUUUGCCUGACCCACUGAGGUCUGACCCAUCACGCAAAGGUUCUGUCGUCAAUGUGAACCCAGUAAACACACGCCCUCCAAGCGACACACCGGAGAUUCGCAAGUACAAGAAGAGGUUCAACUCUGAGAUCCUGUGUGCUGCUCUCUGGGGGGUGAACUUGCUCGUGGGAACAGAGAGUGGCCUGAUGCUGCUGGACCGUAGUGGUCAGGGUAAAGUUUACCCGCUGAUCAACCGCCGACGCAUUCAACAAAUGGACGUCUUGGAAGGCCUAAAUGUUCUGGUGACCAUAUCAGGCAAAAAGAACAAGCUGCGCGUCUACUACCUGUCAUGGCUUCGGAACAAGAUUUUGCACAAUGACCCGGAGGUGGAGAAGAAGCAGGGCUGGGUCAACGUGGGCGACCUGGAAGGCUGCGUCCACUACAAAGUUGUCAAAUAUGAAAGGAUCAAGUUCUUGGUGCUGGCCCUAAAGAACUCAGUGGAAGUCUACGCCUGGGCCCCGAAACCCUACCACAAGUUCAUGGCCUUCAAGUCUUUUGGUGACUUGGUGCAUAAGCCCCUGCUGGUGGAUCUGACUGUGGAAGAAGGCCAAAGAUUAAAGGUCAUAUACGGCUCCUGCUCUGGGUUCCAUGCAGUGGAUGUGGACUCUGGUGCUGUCUACGACAUCUACCUACCCACACAUAUCCAAACCAGCAUUCAAUGCCAUGCCAUCAUCAUACUGCCCAACACAGACGGGAUCGAGCUGCUGGUUUGCUACGAGGAUGAGGGCGUCUAUGUCAACACCUAUGGCCGCAUCACCAAGGAUGUGGUGCUGCAGUGGGGAGAAAUGCCGACAUCAGUGGCCUACAUUAGGUCAAACCAGAUCAUGGGCUGGGGUGAAAAGGCCAUCGAGAUCCGCUCAGUGGAGACGGGACACUUGGAUGGCGUCUUCAUGCAUAAGAGAGCCCAGCGACUUAAGUUCCUCUGUGAGAGGAAUGACAAGGUGUUCUUCGCUUCAGUGCGUCAGGGUGGUGCUAGCCAGGUCUACUUCAUGACUCUCGGUCGCACCUCUCUCAUGAGCUGGUAGCCUGGAUCCUACCACAGUGGACCAUCAAGACUACCUAGCUGUGACCAACAGACGACGAUUGUGAAUUUGACUGGAGCCUCUUCUCUGCUGCCCAGUAACCAUGACCAGUAGCGAGGGGCGUUCUGUUCCGUCACUAGAAGCGCUAGUAAAUGAUAUGUUGCCAGGAUUUUACUCCACCUCUUAACCUGUGCGGGAGGUGUUCCCCAUCAUAGGAAAAUCUUUGUCAUAGUUGUGUAAAUGUGUGAGUGGAAGUCAGGACAAAUGAGCAUGUGAAUGACUGAAGGUUUUUAAUGAAAUACUGUAUGUGCGACACCUCCUGUGGGUCCUAGCUGUUUGUUGCUGUGUUUAGUUCAGGUAAAAUCCCCAACUUGCUAGAUUUCCACGUCAUUUAAACACUUGUGUCUGCACUUGACGUGAAAAUCAGUCGAUUUCUGGCCUUUUUUCCUCUUCAAAUCUUGAUGUUUUUGUCCAAAACAGGGUACUAACACAGGUCACCCUGACUCUGGACACAGCUUCCUUGUUGAUGUGUCCAAGGCGAAAUUCACUCCGUUUUUUUUUGUACACUGUAUAACUCCAUGCUGCACAUGGAUUAAUGAACGGGAUGCAAUUUUUUGACAGUAAAAGAUCCCGUCCUAUUUAUUUUUCACAUCUGUUUUCUUGGCCUUAAUCUACAAUGGUAAAUGGUUUAAAAGCAAAACACAAACUAAAAAUGACAAUGACAAACCCAGUUGGAGCCAGGAUUUACUGUUGUCGUAGCUUUUGUUUUCCAGCCUGUAGUGAAGGGAAGAUCAACUGUGAAUUAGAGAUUUAAGUGGGCAUGAAAAGAAAGUCGUUGAAUCUCUUACUGAAGACUUUGGGUCGGACGUUCAGCGAUCUGGUUGCCUUAAUAUUAGAGUCUGCAAUAGAAGGAACUUUUAAAGCGAAACGUCAGAUGGAAGACUUAAAAUAUUUCAUGUGAUUAAAUAUUGGACCUUUUUUUUAAAUAAAUAAAUAUCUAUGUUUUCAGGCAUUAAACUGUCCAGAUACACAUCCAAACCACAGCAACAUCCUCCAAGUUUUAUUUCUUACUAAAACACAACUUGUACACCCGAAAACCUUCUCUGCUACACUCGGCUUUAACGUUAGAGGCGGUGCCUUCACUUGACAAAUCCGUCAGACCACUCCUGUCUCAUAUUUUUAACUUUGUGGUCAAGAGUUUAAUCACGUAACCUUUCAGAAACGACUGCGGUGGUUGUUUUUAAAUGCACACCCUAUGUUGAAAAUGUUUACAGAAGUCAUUGUUUUGUCUAACCAAUUUAAAUAUUUAAGGUUUAUUAUAAGGGCAGUUGCUUGUUUUUUGUAUUUUGUAUUAUUCUCCCUUUCUUUUUGUACUCUCAUUUAGAUGUUUGUGUACAGGAAUAAUCGACUGCUCUCGUCCCCAGACUGUGUGGCGCUGUGGAUCAAGUGUGUUCCACCACACAGGUGGCAGAAAGGUGUUCUUUCCCUCAGACACCUCUCGGCCUCUAAUUUAUGUUCUCUCUCUGUGUACUAUGGGAAUUACUGUAUUUUCCUGAAGGUCUUUUUUUUCCAUCGAAUAAAAUCAAAAUUAAUUUA